UCGCAGAAAAAUGGGCAUUAUGGGAUAAAGGCGGAAUAUAUUGGGGAGGUUCCGGAUUCCCUGGACUGGCCUGGGAUAGAUUGGAGCAGUGAGAAAAAUCACAACAAAAGUUGUUUUGGUUUAUAAAGAGAUCUGGGCUCCUGGAAGCAGCGGAGAUGUCUCAGUCAGGAGAGAAAGGGAAGUUUCCAGAGGCAGCAGGAUAUGUGGGCUUUGCCAACUUGCCCAACCAGGUGCACAGGAAGUCUGUGAAGAAAGGCUUUGAGUUUACACUGAUGGUUGUUGGGGAGUCUGGUUUGGGCAAGUCCACCCUCAUCAACAGCCUGUUCCUGACUGAUCUGUACCCUGAAAGGUACAUCCCUAUAGCUGCGGAGAAGAUUGAGCGGACGGUCCAGAUUGAGGCAUCCACUGUGGAGAUCGAAGAGCGAGGGGUUAAGCUGCGCCUCACGGUGGUGGACACACCAGGCUAUGGGGAUGCCAUUAACAGCCAGGACUGCUUCAAGACCAUCAUCCAGUACAUUGACAACCAGUUUGAGCGCUACCUGCAUGACGAGAGUGGCCUGAACCGGAGACACAUUGUGGACAAUCGUGUGCAUUGUUGCUUCUAUUUCAUCUCGCCAUUUGGACACGGGCUAAAGCCCCUGGAUGUGGAGUUUAUGAAAGCCAUCCACAGCAAAGUCAACAUUGUUCCUGUCAUUGCCAAGGCGGACACCCUGACGCUGAAGGAACGGGACCGCCUCAAAAGAAGGAUCCUUGAUGAGAUUAGCGAACAUGGAAUCCGCAUCUACCAGCUCCCGGAUGCGGAUUCUGAUGAAGAUGAGGAGUUUAAGGAGCAGACUCGUGUGCUUAAGGCAAGCAUACCCUUCGCGGUGAUCGGCUCUAACCAGCUGAUCGAGGUGAAAGGGAAGAAGAUUCGGGGCAGGCUUUACCCAUGGGGGGUGGUGGAGGUGGAGAACCCAGAGCACAAUGACUUCCUCAAGCUGCGGACCAUGCUUGUGACUCACAUGCAGGACCUGCAGGAGGUGACCCAGGACCUGCACUAUGAGAACUUCCGCUCAGAGAGGCUGAAGCGGGCAGGAAGGGCAGUAGAGGAAGAUGUGGUGGACAAGGACCAGAUCCUCAUGCAGAAGGAGGCUGAGCUGCGCCGCAUGCAGGAGAUGAUUGCACAGAUGCAGGCCCAAAUGAGGAUGAAGCCUGCCGAUGAGUGAGAGGAGGGGUGGAUGGCCCGUGACAGGGCCCUUCUUUGUACUCCCUGAUACAGACUGACUCCAAUCUUGAUCAACCUCCUUCAGCCCCUCCCAGCCUCUUCUCACUGAUGGGUGCCCAGGCCAGUAGAGUUCCCUUAUCAUCAGCCUGCCUCCUACACCCCUGGACCCCACUGCCACCCCAUGCAGAAUGCACAGUGCCUCGUUGUCUUGAAGAAUGCCUGCCUCUUGGUUUUUCUGGACGUUCUCCGUCAGUCCAUCAUCAGUAGGGCCCUCCUGUUUGGUCAUGAAAUAGGAUUAGAAAAUCUGUGAGCUGUUUUUUUUUUUUUUAUUGGACUAGCCUUUGAAAUGGGUAUCUGACAUGUCUGAUGUUGAUACCAGAUUAGUUUACAGACAAUAAAUCUUGUGUAUACACCAGACAAUUUACCUUGAUCAUAUGUCAGCAUUGGUAGUAGGAAAUUCAGAAAAAAUCAAAUCUCACUUCACUUAACACAAAAAAUUGUUUCCACAACAGUAUUGUAUCAAUGCAGCUACAUUAAUAGUGUCUUAAUUGUGUCAAAGAGUAUUUAGAUUCCUGCCAGCCCUCUUCCACUCCAGUUUUUCUUACAUCAGUCCAGAGGAAGCCCAGAUCCAGGUGUCUUUAAUAGCCAUUUCUAAAAUACUGGAGGCAGACACACCCCCAAAUCUUUAUUUGUGGCUGCAAAACAGGCCCAAUCUUGCAGCAAGCAAUUUUCAAGAAAAAUCUGGCUCUGAUAACUACUUGAAAACGAUGCAUAGCAGUAGUUCCCAUAUCAGCCCAGGCAGGUUUUCACCAUUAUGGCUUCCUCUCCAUUUCUUUGUUAUGCAUGCAUUUAUAUCCAAAAACGACUAUCAAGACAACGUAGUAGCAGUCAGAACCAUGAGCUCUUCCCUCCUCCUUAUUUUAGUUUGCCCCAAGAGUGGUCACCAUUUUCAAUGCGGUGUGCCUAAAGAAAUCAAUGCCUGUUUCCGACGGUUUCUUUCUGUUUGUCUCAGUCCUGGCACUAUUUAUGGCAGUACUCCUAUUUGAGGAGCAAUGCAUGUACAAUGUCUAUAACAAUAAUUGAUGCAGAUGGACUUAAAAUUAAGGUUUCUCUAUGUUUUAGUCUGUGAUGUGUAGAAUGUUUGAAAAAAUGGAUCCUUAUUCUGCAUCUUUUUAUCAGUUUUUCUACUUAUUUCGCUGUGUCUGUUAAUACAGGGUCAUGGUGCAAAUGUGUGUGCUCCCUUUGCAUUUAUAAAUGUGUUAUCCAUACAGUACGAGGUGCUAUACAGUUUCCAUCAUCACCUGUGUGGGAGAAUCAUUCUCAGCAGCAUGUAAUGGACACAAACCAGCUAUCUGUGAACCCCACUUCAAGCUGUAACAGAUAAUCUCAGUGCACUCCUUCGUCUUAUUUUAUUUUUUUAUUUUUUAUUUUUUAUUGGUCUUUCUGUCCUCAGUCUUCCCUUGACGUAGCUCAACUGAGCUGAUGGGUGCAAGCAUCACUUUCGCUUCUAAGAUCAGUA